AUGGAUGAUUGUCUGGUAAUUGUCACAGGUCCAGGUGGCUAUGAGAUUGGGCUAGCCGAUCAGUUUGAUUCAUUGAGAGAGCUCAAUACGUCUUCAGAGGGCAACUUAAGCGGUGAAGAGCUCUUUAAAUCCGUUAGAGAAUACCUAAAUGAGCUGCUGAUUACCACCACAGGGGAUACUCAAGUGCUGUUUAUUGAAGAUAUUGUGUGCCCAAUGUCAGAGAAAAGAGAGUUCUGUGAGGUUUUCAUAAAGAGUCUAGGGUGCUCUAGUAUUACGUUUAUACCGAACGCUUUAUUGUGCUGUAUCUCGACCUCCAUCAGCGAUGCGAUGGUACUCAACGUUGGAGCUAAAUAUGCAUCCUGCACGCCUAUAAUCGGUCUGAGGAUAGUUGACAGAUCUAUUAUGUUGUCUAAGCGGUCAGAAAGAUGGUUGAACAACACUUUCAGAGAGAAGGGAUCAAGCAAGGAAGCGAUUAUUGACCUUAUCACUGAUGCCGGGCAUCCAGCAACAUACGACGAUGAUGAUUUGCCGCUUGGGCUAUUGAUUAGAAAGGUUAUGCUUUCUUUAAAAAUUGACACAAGACGACUGAUCAGUCGCAACAUCAUUCUUUCCGGUUUGAUGAGAGACGAUGAUCCCUUUCAGACGAAUCUGCUUCAAACUCUUGGGCUGAGCAGCGAAAAUCUUAAGAGCGUUAACCUUUGGCAGGCUGUUUUGUCCAAUGCAGAAUAUCUGCUGAACGAAAGUGUUAUGGGAGAACUGCGAUUUACACAUGACAUGUUCAAUGAACCACUUUGCGAAGUGCCCGAUUGGCAUGAACUGAAAUACGUUAAGAACUUUACAAAUGUUGGCAAUUUUACAAUUUGA